UAGGCAGAACCAAAAAGGAACCUGAGUCACACACAUAAAAUGAACCGCCGGUCUAGUGUGGCUCAAAUGUCACCAACUCAGUACGCCGCGCCUCUUAUUUCUCUUCCCAGAAUUUCUUAGCGGCCAAACAGAUUUUGCAGAACCUACUCACCGGGGAAAUUUUCCUCCGGUUUUAUCCAAACUUCCUUCAAUAGACAGAGAACGUUAAAGCGGGAGAACAUUAGUAGCUAAAUAUGAUCGGAGUAGGCAAGAUCAAGCAAUACUCUAAUGUUCUCGACAGAUCACUAAGUAAGGGUAAACAAGAGGUCAGUUUGAGUGCAUUUGCAUUUUUGUUUUCGGAGCUUGUUCAAUAUAAUCAGACUCAGGUUGACAACAUUUCUGAAUUAGAACGGAGGCUCGAGGAUGCAGGCUAUGCUGUUGGGGCUCGAGUUCUUGAACUUCUUUGCCAUAGAGAAAAGGGAAAUAGAAGGGAAACUCGAUUAUUGGGUAUUUUGUCUUUUGUACACAGCACAGUGUGGAAGGUGUUGUUUGGAAAAGUAGCUGACUCCCUUGAGAAAGGCACUGAACAUGAAGAUGAAUACAUGAUCAGUGAGAAGGAGCUUCUUGUGAACAGAUUUAUUUCCAUUCCAAAAGACAUGGGGACAUUUAAUUGUGGAGCAUUUGUUGCUGGAAUAGUGAGGGGUGUUUUGGAUGGUGCAGGUUUUCCAGCAGUAGUAACAGCUCAUUUUGUUCCUAUGGAGGGUCAACAGCGACCUCGGACAACCAUUUUGAUAAAAUUUGCUGAAGAGGUGCUAAGAAGAGAAGCAAGAUUAGGUUGAUCAUGUAAUUUUUUGCAAACAUCUUUCAGCAAAAAGGUGAAGAAUAGUGAAUUUUUCAGCUUAUUUAUCAGACUAAUCAGGAUUAUCACCUGCCUGUCCUAUCACACUGUGGCAUUGUCGGAUUCCUUUUUUUGUGUGCUCUUCGGUUUGUGGUUACUUAUCUGGUAAAAGAAAUUACUGCCACUGCAGUUGAUGUAAAGUGUGCGUCUAAUUGCUUGUACGGAAAAAAUAUUGUUUUUUUCGAUUUUUUUGGGUGAAAUUGAUGCUAAGGGAGACGACAUAUAAUCCUUCUCAAUUAGUCUUUAAAUAUAUAUUUUUUUU